AAUAAAAAGAAACAAGGAAAAAGAAAAAUCUUACAACUACUUUUAGAUUGGGAGGGAAACUGGAAUUCUCUCCUCCCUUGUAAAGUUUCGAGACCUUGAGCAGGUGUUGCAAAAUUUGUUAACAAACAUGGCAGAUAAAUGGAAGCAGACUGCUCUCUUGGUCAUUGACAUGCAGAAUGAUUUUAUCCUUGAGGAUGGGUUGAUGAGAGUCGAUGGAGGGAAAGCCAUUGUCCCAAAUGUGAUAAAGGCGGUUGAAAUCGCUAGGCAGCUUGGCAUUCUUGUAGUCUGGGUUGUCCGCGAACAUGAUUCACUAGGAAGAGAUGUGGAACUUUUUCGCCGGCAUUUGUACUCUUUGGGGAAAGUGGGUCCUACCUGUAAGGGAAGCAAGGGUGCAGAACUGGUUGGUGGACUCGUGAUCAAAGAAGGGGAUUAUAAGGUGGUGAAGACACGCUUCAGUGCAUUUUUUAACACCCAUCUUCAUUCAUUCCUUCAGGCUGAGGGAAUUAAGAGUUUGGUGAUAGUUGGUGUUCAAACUCCAAAUUGCAUCAGGCAGACUGUCUUUGAUGCGGUGGCACUGGAUUACCAAAAUGUUUCUGUUAUUUUUGAUGCCACAGCCGCUGCUACACCUGAUGUGCAUGUUGCCAAUGUCUUUGACAUGAAAAAUAUUGGAGUCAGAGUCCCAACGUUGCAGGAAUGGUGGGAGUCUGAUUCUUGAUCCACCUGAUGACUGUACAAGGCUUCAUAAGCAUUGUGAUGCUGUAUGGUUGGAUGUGGAACCAAACAAUUUGAUGAAUGAUGGAGCCUACUAAAACAGGAGGUGUUGUACUGUUUGGAAAUAUGUGAUCAGGAAGGGAAUUAGCAUCAUUGCUUUAAACUGCAUAGGCUGGCGAAGUCUUUUGGUGGCUUUAUCUGCCUGUAAUUUAGGAAGUAAACCAAGUAGUCUGGUAAUCAUUUUCUUGCACUAUUGAUUAUCACUACCGUAACUGUGAAGAUUAGAAGAUGAUGCACUGAAAUUUGGAAGACUGUUUCUUUGGUUGAUGUUAGCGAAAAAUGUUGUUUAUCUGGGAGGUGGCCCAGAUCGAAACUUGCCCAAAAUCAUGUAAACAUGUAUUAUGUAAUAAUAUGUAUAUAGAGAUUCAUGUAUGUUACAUAUAUUCUCUGCCCUUUUAUUCCUUUU